CUGAUAGCAGCUCAUAGCGUCAGCAUCAGGACCCAGCAGAACCUGCCCAUCUCUCCACACGCAAGAGCAGCGACCACUACACUAAGACAUGGCCAACACAAACCACGGUGUUGUACAGCAAGCAGCAAUCACUGCGCCUGUCAAAUUCCUUAGUAAAGAAGAGGCGAAGGCACUGGAGGGUGAACUCUAUGAAGAAUACAGAUUUGGACAGCAGCAGUUGAUAGAGAUGUCUGGGCACAACUGUGCUAUGGCAAUAGCGAAGGCUUUUCCGCGGAGCUCACUGUCAAAGAAACAGCCAACGAUAUUGGUGAUCUGUGGUCAGGAGCAGAAUGGAGCCAUCGGUCUGGCAUGUGCAAGACACCUGCGUGCAUUUAACUACGAACCAACCAUCUAUUACCCAAAACGUUCCUGCAAACCCAUCUUCCUGGACUUCACAGUUCAAUGCGAGAAAAUGGAUAUUCCAUUCCUGUCCUACCUUCCAGCUGAGGUCCAGCUGAUCAAUGAUGCCUAUAACCUGAUAAUAGAUGCUGUGCUGGGACUCUCAGACGAGGCUGGACUGAAGGAACUGUACACCAACAUCCUGGCGACUAUGAAACACGUGAAAAUUCCCAUAAUUAGCAUUGAUGUUCCUUCAGGCUGGGAUGUCGAAAAGGGCAACACUGAGGGCAUCAAUCCAGAAGUCCUUGUUUCCUUGGCAGCACCGAAGAAAUGCGCCACACAAUUUUCCGGAAAGUUCCAUUUUCUUGCUGGUCGUUACCUUCCUGAUGACCUACAGAAGAAAUACGAGCUGAAUCCCCCGGACUACCCAGGAACCGACUGCAUUGUGCAACUUUAAGAAGAGAUUGGUUUUGAGACAAUGGAUUCAAACGAGAUGAAAAUUGACCGAAUUAAAACUGAAAGUGAAUAAAACACAGCAUCGACUCCUGUGACAGGAGCUGCAUUCUCCAGAAAUCACGGAACCAACAUAAUAGGUUCCUUGUGAAAAGUCCUGGAAAAUGCAUCUCCUCAGAAACAGAAUUGAACCAAGUUCUGCAUCAGCACCAAUCAGUUUUGUUUAUCUCAUCAAGAUUGUGUGCAGGCUUUUUUUUGUUCAGAAUUCUAAACUUUCUUUUAAAUUCCAUAAAUGUGAGUUUGUUGUCGAAAAUGUUUUUUAUGUAGCAUGAUGGCCAAGCCCAGGUUAGAUGUACUUGUCGUGAUUUUUAAAAAUUCCUGUUCCCCAUAUUAUCAGAUAGGGACCAGGAUAUUUCAUUGAUGAAUACCUGCAUCUGCGAAUAAUCCUGGCCAGUGCUGGGUUGAGUUACCCUGGAGAAGUUGGGGUGUGUGUGUGUGUGUGUAUGCA